UUUCUGCCCUGAUUAUUACCCUAGCUUGUCCUAACUCAAUUCGGGCUCCCUGUAGCAUUGGCCCUUUGUUUUGAUCGUCCCAUUUUUCCGGGCGGCCGUUCAAUCCGUUCAAUCCGUUCAAUCCGUUCAAUCCGUUCAAUCCGUUCAAUCCUUGAAUCAUCCACCUUGGUACGACUUGCAGGCUUGACCGGCUCAAUCAAUGCUUGUCUGAGCUCUGAGCGACCUUUCUGCUUCCCCCGGUGGAUUGAGCCUUGGCCUCUGGCCUUUCGCCUCUGACCGUUUGGUAGUCUGAUCUUGCCUGGUCUGGGUGGUUUUCGUCAUGUCGGGUGGCGUGUACGGUGGUGAUGAAGUGGGUGCUCUGGUCUUUGACCCCGGCCAAUUCUCGCUGCGGGUGGGCUAUGCGGGCGAGGAUUCGCCUAAGAGUGAGAUUCCUUCGACCGUGGGCGUGUCGCCCAAUGACGCUCCAUCGGGCAGCGCUUCGGCCCACGCCAUGGAGACGGACAGCAACGCCACGGCUGGGGCCACCACCGCCACGUCGCAGCAAAUUGGAGCAGGGCCGCAGGAGAAGAAUUUCCAUUUGGGCGUGGUAGCCUUGGCCGCGGCCCGAAAGGCCAAAGAGACCAUGAGUUAUGUGCGCGAUGGCAUGAUUGAGGAUUGGGACGUGUUUGAGAAGGUCUUGGACCACGCCUACAAGAACGUCAUCCAGAGUGAGGCGGAACUGCAUCCGGUUCUAUUCUCGGAAGCCCCUUGGAAUCAACGAGCUAAGCGUGAAAAGCUGACUGAGCUCUUGUUUGAGAAGUAUCAGGUGCCGGCCUUUUUCUUGGUGAAGAACGCGGUCUUGGCCGCUUUUGCUAAUGGGCGUUCUACAGGCUUAGUGGUGGACUCAGGCGCCACCUAUACAGCGGCCGUGCCCGUGCACGAGGGCUUCGUAUUGCAGAAUGCCAUCGUCAAAUCGCCUUUGGCCGGCGAUUACGUCACUCAUCAAUGCCUGAACUUUUUGGAACAAGAAAAGAAGAUCGAGAUCGUUCCCCCCUACAUGAUUGGCGGUAAAGAGGAGGUGAAAAUGGGCGAUCCCCCCAAGUGGACCCGUCGCUCCAACCUACCAGAAGUGACCCAAUCUUGGCACAAUUACAUGAAGCGGCAAGUGGUUCAGGACUUCCAGAGUAGCGUGCUCCAAGUGAGCGAUGCCCCCUACGACGAGGACUCACUUUCCACUAUCCUACAUUAUCCAUACGAGUUCCCCAACGGGUACAACAAUGAAUAUGGCAUGGAGCGUUUUCGCAUCCCCGAGGCUUUGUUUGAUCCGGCCUACAACAAAUCGCCCAAUGCUCACUCUAUGAUGAGCGUGUCCCACGUGGUUACCACCUCCGUGGGCAUGUGCGAUAUUGACCUUCGGCCGGCUUUGUACGGUUCGGUGGUGGUCACGGGCGGCAAUACCUUGCUUCAAGGCUUCAACGAGCGAUUGAAUCGGGAUCUGUCCGUUAAGACGCCCACCAACAUGCGGUUCAAGUUGAUUGCCGCCAACGGCCCGCAAGAACGGCGAUUCGGAUCUUGGAUUGGCGGCUCGAUUUUGGCUUCGCUAGGAUCUUUCCAGCAGAUGUGGAUCUCUAAGCAAGAAUACGAGGAAAGCGGUAAAUCUCAGGUGGACAGGAAAUGCCCAUAAAUCGUGUAGUAUUAUCAAAUCAUGUCUGUGCCACAUCAAGUGAAGUGGUGACCACUCAAUUCUUCGCCCAUUCAAUGUGUAAAUACCAACAUCUGUUCAAGUUCA